AUGAAGAGCCCUUUGGGUUCUGAUGAGGAAUCAGAUACGUUUAUACAAAACAAUGGGUUAUUUCCUAGCAUGUAUAGUCGACAUGGUUUGAACAAUAACAAUAAAAACAAGGUCCCCUCCUCCUCUUCCCCCUCGACAUCAUCAUCACCAUUAGCAGCUGAUUCUGACAAUGAGUCAGUAAACACGUUGAGGAAAGUUUUCAAUCCAAGAAAACAGCAUGCUUCUUGGCUAGAUUUGGAGAUGAAUGAAGUUGACUUGUCUAAUUAUCUGCCACCAUCGCGUGUAGGCACAGCAGCACUUUAUGAGGAGGAGAAGGAGGAAGAGGAGGGGUCGAAUGACGAUCUUCCAUCGUUGGACUCAAGUGUGAUAGAUGAUUUGGCAAGAAACAAUGAAAUGGACGAACCGGGAAGAUUCAAAUUUGUCAGAAUGUAUGAAAAAUUGGCAAAAGAAAAGUCAAAGAGAAAUAAAGCAAGGAUCAUUCUUGACAAAAUGAAAGGCAAUGAAGACAUACCCUUACAAAUCAUGAGAUCAAACAGCUCUUCAGUUUUUGAACUAUCUAAACUAAACGAUUUUGAAAAGUUUGUUAAAGAAACGGCUUUGAGUGACAAGAUUCAAGGUCAAGUUUUUCUGAAACUACUACCAAUAAAUCCAAAAGAAGAAAAGAACACUUUAAAGAUUGUUAAAGAGCUGGACCUUGCCAAUAAUUUUUACGGUGGCCAUGACACAUCAUUGACAAAAGGAACCAAGAAAAGAUUCUUGAAACACAAUUUCAAAAAGGAGCAGGAAGCAGCAGCAAUAACAGAGUACGUGACGAAAAGUGAUGAUGAAGAGUUGUUCUUUUCCAGAUCGAAUUCCUCAAAAACACAAGACGACUACGACGACGACGAUGAUAAUAAUGAUGAUGAUGAUGAUGAUGACAAUGGCGCUUCUUCACAAUUACUACAACGACGAUUGAGCGUACGACACUUACAAAUGAUAUCGCUUGGUGGAACCGUUGGUGUUGGGUUAUUUCUAAAUUCAGGAAAAGCUAUAAACAUUGCCGGUGGGUUUGGAGCAGUACUAGCGUUUGGUAUUGUUGGCUUGGUCGUAUUGUGCACAAUGAUGUCCUUUUGUGAAAUGGUAACGUUCGUUUCGGUAAUUGAUGGUGUUUCUGGAUUAAGCUCGAGGUUUGUCGAUGAUGCGUUUGGUUUUGCCACUGGUUGGUUAUAUUUCUUUAGUUUUGCAUUUGGUGUAACAGGCGAGGUGGUUGCUGGAGUGAUAAUGUUGUCGUAUUUUCCUAAUUUGCAGACAAUGUCUAACAAAGGUGCAACCACUGGGUUUGUUACUCUAUUUCUUGCAUCAGUGCUUCUCAGUAAUCUCAUUGAUAUCAGAGUUUAUGGUGAGAUUGAAUUCGUUUCAAGUUUGAUUAAGUUGAUAUGGAUCGUGGUGAUGAUGAUUGUGAUGAUUAUUUUAAAUCGUGGUGGGUUUGGUGGACCAGUGAUUGGAUUCAAGUAUUGGGAUCGUCUGAAGUCGGACUUUGAGAAUAAUAUCAUUUAUGGAUUAUUUCGGCCAUCUUUUAACUUGCAUGAUAAAGGUACAAGCCCUCCAUCGGAUGGUAUAGGUGGGAAUACAGGUAGGUUCCUAUCACUACUUACUGCUAUCUUAGUUGUAAGCUACGCAUACAGUGGUACUGAAAUUGUGUGCAUUGCAGCUUGCGAAGCUAAAAACCCCAGAAAAGCCCUUCCUUCUGCUACAAAGAGAGUUUUUUGGAGAAUUGUUAUAUUUUACUGUCUAUCAGCAUUUUUAGUGACAUUAAAUAUUUACGCGGGAGAUCCCAGGUUGUUGCGAUACUAUCUGGGCACAACGGGGAUUCUGCAAGAGGAGUUUGCAACUAAUAUUGCAAUUCAAUCUGUUGGCGGCACCCAUUGUGAUUUUGACUCUACGAUCCUUGCUGGCUAUGGUAGUGGCGCUCAAAGUCCUUGGGUAGUAGCCUUUCAAAGUGCUGGGUUAUGUAGCUUUAGUACUGCUGCUAGUAUCUUUUUGGUGUUUUUUGCAGUUAGUUGUGGCAAUGCACAAUUAUAUGUGAGUUCAAGAACAAUUUAUGCUUUGGCCUUGCAACGCAAAGCACCCAGGUUUUUAACAUAUUGCAACAAGAAGGGAAUUCCUUAUAAUGCUGUGUUGUUUGCAGGAUCUUUUGGGUUAUUUUCAUAUACGUGUGUUUCGCAAUCGGCAACAAUUGUUUUCCAAAACUUGAACAGUGUUAUUUCUUCGACAGGGAUCUUUGUUUGGUUUGCAAUGUGCCUCACAUUUGUGCGUUUUUAUUACGGGUUGAGAAGACGACCGGAUAUAAUUGGAAGAAACCACAAGUCAUAUCCUUAUCGAUCUCCGUUCCAGCCAUAUAGUGCCAUUUGUGGUAUGGUUUUUACGGCGCUUAUAAUAUUGUCUAUGGGAUUCGUCGUGUUUUUGAAGAAAGAGUGGGACACAAUGUUUUUUUUUUCAAGCUAUGGACCUUUAAUGGUCUUUGCGGCACUCUAUGCUGGUUAUAGAGUUAUCAAGGGAACAUCGAUACCAAGUUUGGACCAAUUGGAUUUCGAUUCAGGAAGGACUGAAAUGGAUCGAUAUAUCUGGGAUGGGGGAACUGACUACAAUAAGAGAAACUUUAAAGAGGUCUUGUACAAGUGGAUAUCAUUCUUAGUAUAG